AUGGUCAGGGUCACAUACCUUUCCCUUAUCUUGGCAUUAGCCCUGCUAACACCAGACUCAGACGCUUAUUUCUUCAGAAAAAAACCAUCAUGCGUCUUUACUAGUACUCAAACAGAAACCUCAACCGAAACACUAACCCUUCACGAAGGGAAGUACCAUGAAUCCGAUUUAAAGGACCUAAUUCUUUGUCGCGAUCAUGCUGACAAUUUUGACUUUAAGUGGGACUCUGACAAAGAUGACGAAAGAAGGUGGUGUGUCGGAAAAAGUCGAUUUAGAACUACUACGGUCACUUGCACUCCUACUGUGCACGUCCACGGGUAUCGUUUCGAAAAGAGAUUUGAUAAUCCCCCAUGCACAAAGAGUCCAGCUGUGAAUUAUGAUAAUACGAGCCCAACCUACGUCGAUCACAACACUGUAACUUCGACCAAAUGCAAAAAGAAGCAUCAUCAUCAUAAUGUUGACUAUGAAAAUAAUGAUACAACCCCAACUGAUGUCGAUUAUGACAAUACUGUAACUUCGACCAAGUGCAAAAAGAAGCAUCAUCAUCAUAAUGUUGACUACGACAACACCGUGACCACCUCAUCGACUCCGUGCACCACGACUACAACUCCAGCCGACGUUGAUUACGACAACACUGUAACUUCAACCAAGUGCAAAAAGAAACAUCAUCAUCACAACGUUGAAUAUGACAACACCGUGACUCCCUCGUCGACUCCCUGCACUACGACUCCAAUUAAUGUCGAUGACGAUGUAAGCUCAACAACUUCAACUUCGUGCACUAAGAAGGCUCCUACUCCCGAGUCUGAUUACACGAGCCCCGU